AUGCAUCGCCGGCGUCCGGCGCGGUCAUGGGCGUUCCCGUCGACCCCGCGCGCCCCUUUGACGUGCGUAAUCGCGCUGGUGCUGUUGACUGCGGGUCUAGCGGCCGAGGUUGACGGGGCGGAUCUGGACGGCCCGCCGCGAGGUUGGGCGUCGUCCAAGGCUCUCGCUCAGCCCCCACCUCCUCCGCUUGACGACCUUCUCGACGAGGCCAAUCCCGCGAGCGCGUCGACGCCCGACCGCAUCGUUCAGGGCCUCCGGCCGCCGUUCGACGCGUGGGAUCCUCCGAGUUUGGGAACCCAGCCGCGUCGGACCCCGUCACCUCGAGCCCCUCGACACGCGCUGGACUCUCCCCCAAUCGCCGACGCGUCCCAGCGCGAUCGCGUCGAGGUGGGGCUGUCCCAAAUGUUCAAACCCCCUCCCCCCCCGGCCCGGUCCCCUCCACCGAACCGACCCGGUGAGUCACCGCCCCCGCCCCCGCCGCCGUCCGUCGUGAGACCGGGAGCGCCGAGGGAUUGCCACGACAUUGAGGCGCUGACACGGUCGUUAAAGUGCGAAAGGGGCGAGAACGGCAGGCUGUGCGCGUCCCUCCUCACCCGUUCGCUGCUGACGGGGUGCCACGACCUCGACGCGGUGGAACUUCUCGGACCGGCGAUACGGAACGCGGCGAAGGAACUCGGGCUCAUCGGAGACCCGCUGCCGCCGCCGCCGACGCCGCGCGUCCCUCCACCGCCGCCGGCACCGUCGUCGCCGCCGCCGUCGAGUCCUCCACCGCCGACGCCGCCGUCGCCGCACCCCCCGCCACCCCCGUCGCCUCCACCGCCGGCACCGCCGCGCCCGAGCCCGCCGCCGUCGCCGCCGCCGCCCUGGUUCACGGAGCAGUGGGCGAUCCUCACGCCAGGUGCGCCGCCGGGACCGCCGGCACCCGAGCUGAGGGUGCCCGCAUCGCCGCCGAUCGGGCCGCCGUCGUCGUCGCCGCCGGCGCCUUUACGAAAGGUCGCGAACCCGACUCCGGCGCGACCCUCUCCGCCGCCGUGGUACGUUGAGCGGUGGAGCGAGCUGAGGAACCCUCCUCCUCCGUCGCCCCCGCCGACGCCUCCGACGCCGCCGACGCCCCCGGACCCGCCGCGUUCACCGCCUCCGCGCCCUCCCGCGCCUCCUUGGUACCUGGACCGGGUCGCGCUGCUCGAUCGCGCGGCGGAAUCGAACGGCGGCAGAGGAGUUAUAGCGAUGGCGGACGACUUUGUGGAGUUGACGGAUGAGCAGGCGCUCGAGUGGUCCUCGGCGCUGGCGGCGCUGCAGGCCGCCGCCGAGACGGACGACGACGUCGUCGCCCAGGCUGGCGACAAGUCGGGGGGUGCCGUGAAACUCGCGCACCCUCCCAAAUCCGCGCACCCUCCCAAAUCCGCGCACCCUCCCUUGGCGAUUGAAAGCGGAGCAGUCCAAGGGGGUUAUUGGCCCGCGCCCGGUUUCGCCGCGGCGCCGGGAACGACGACGUACGAGGAGGGCGCCGUCACCGCGUCCGCCGGGAGGGACGCGCUCGAUCGUCUCCUCGGCGCGCUGAACUGGCGACGAGGCGACGGCGAGAUCGGGGGUGGUGUGAACGGCGAGGCGGCGAAGGCUAGCGCGAGUCGAGCGGCGCUCACCUACGGGUUCCCCAGCGGUUUCCUUUGGAGCGUCUAUAGGGACCCGAGCAUCGGGCCGUACCUGGUGCAGACGUGGGGGCACAUCCAGGCUGCGCUUGACCCGGGUGGGACGUACAGGCCGUGA